AUGCAGAAGGAAGGUGCCAAUGCAACUGUUAACGAAAAUUAUCAAUAUGUCGGACCGUUUCGGCUCGAAAAAACAUUGGGAAAGGGACAAACCGGGUUAGUCAAGCUUGGAGUGCACUGCGUGACGGGCAAGAAGGUGGCCAUAAAAAUAAUAAACCGCGAAAAGUUGAGCGAAUCGGUGCUAAUGAAAGUGGAACGCGAAAUAGCCAUCAUGAAACUCAUAGAUCAUCCGCACGUUCUAGGCCUCACAGAUGUCUAUGAAAACAAAAAAUAUUUGUACCUAAUAUUAGAACAUGUAUCAGGAGGUGAAUUGUUUGACUAUCUUGUGAAAAAAGGCAGAUUGACUCCAAAGGAAGCUAGAAGAUUUUUUAGACAAAUUAUUUCUGCUCUAGAUUUUUGUCACAGUCAUUCUAUAUGUCAUCGUGAUUUGAAGCCAGAAAAUUUACUAUUAGAUGAGAAAAAUAAUAUAAAAAUAGCGGAUUUUGGAAUGGCCUCUUUGCAACCUGCAGGGUCAAUGCUCGAUACGAGCUGCGGUUCGCCGCAUUAUGCUUGUCCUGAAGUUAUAAGAGGUGAAAAAUAUGAUGGAAGAAGAGCUGAUGUUUGGUCAUGCGGAGUUAUUCUUUACGCACUUUUGGUUGGAGCUUUACCUUUUGAUGAUGACAAUCUGAGACAACUACUUGAAAAGGUGAAACGAGGUGCUUUCCACAUACCACACUGUCCUCCUGAUUGCCAAGCACUUCUUCGAGGUAUGAUAGAAGUUGAUCCUGAUAAACGUCUACGUCUAUGCGACGUCAACCGUCAUCCAUGGGUGACAGCCAACGGAGGUGCUUCGGGCACCGUCAAUGGAGGAGGAGCUGUAGAGCUGGAGGCGCCCAUGAUGCAGAGGGUGCAGACUCACGUGAUACCGUCCGCGCAGCAAUUAGAUGCUGAUGUGCUCAGAGCUAUUAAUAGUUUAGGUUGCUUUAAGGAACGUGAUAAACUGGUAAGAGAGUUGCUGUCCCCUUGUCACAACACAGAGAAGGUGAUAUAUUUUUUACUUCUGGAACGAAAAAGAAGAAGACCUGCCUAUGAAGAUGACUCUAAUAUUGGAAUAGCAGCUAGUGUUGGAAGCACGGGCGGAACUGGACUGAUUGACCCUCCCCGGAAACGCUUGGACACGUGUCGAAUAAACGGAAGAGCAGCCAUGACUUUUGCUCAAAUUAGCGAAGGAAGUCCGAUAGCUCCAAGGAGACUUCAUUCACACCGACAACAUGGAUCAAGACGGACGCCCAGUGUGGGUCCAGUAAUGACAACGUCAAUGACUUCAUCCAGCGUCACCUCACCAACGCGUCACCAUGUGGUGGCUUCUUCGGCAUCUCCAUUGACUUCAUCUACAGGGGUGACAUCGCCUGGAGGAGGCAUGGCACCAUCGGUGAUGUCAGCAAGUGUGACAUCAGGAUCGACGAUGAAGUCGCAGGCUGCUCAGACCCAACAACUUACGACGCACCUGCAACAACAAAAUAAACUGCAAGUUGGAUCAACGUCUACGUCAACACCAAUGUCACCGAUGCUAACAGAAGUGAUAGACAGUGAUGUACUAGCAGGACUGAAUACUGGAUCAUUAUCUGCAAGUAGUGCAGGAUCAACGCAACACUGGAGAUCUCGUCUUAACACAAUUAAGAAUAAUUUUCUGGGCUCACCCAGAUUUCAUCGUAGGAAAAUGCAAGCGUCGUCUGAGGAGGUGCAUUUGACGCCAGACUCGUCUCCAGAGCUUACGAAACGUUCCUGGUUUGGAUCAUUAAUGUCUGGAGAAAAAGAUGAAACUUUCACGGUUCUAGUCAAAGGAAAACCACUUGCAAUGGUUAAAGCCGACCUGAUACACGCUUCUUGUCGUGAGAAAAUCCAUUUUUACCAGGUUUCGGAACUAAGUCAUGCAGUUCUGUCUGCAUUAUCAUUUCGGGUGGAGUAUAAACGGGGCAGUGGUACGCCUUCGGCUGUUUUUCAAAGACUGGUGCGAUUUCAAGUUGAUGUUGCUACUAUUGUUCAACCUCCUGAUCAAGCUUUGCAUGCCAUAACCUUCACUUUAUUAUCAGGCAGCGCCCGAAGAUUUAGGAGAGUCUGUGAACAUAUACAAGCCCAGGUGUGCAGACGAGGCACCCGAGGUGCUGGUGGCGUAGGCUCAAUGAACACCAACACGAAUAUGAUCUGCAGCAGUGCUAUUCCUCCUAUUGUUAGUCAAAGUUCUAGUUGCGGAUCAGAGGAUUCUAGUGAAAGACUAUUUCUGGCUUAUUCUCAUGUAAUAUCUAUAUAUUGCCAACAUCAGAUCGAUUCAGACUUAGAAUCAGACACGUCCUCCCUGUACGAAUCAUCCUCCCACCAUCGGCCAAGACGUCUCUCAGCAGCAAGUAGUGGAAACAACAACAACUCUGGUGGCACCGCCGUCAACAAUAGUUCUGCUACAUCAGUCAACAAUGUGACGUCGUCUGAUGGGUUAACGUCACCAUUAGCAGCAGGAAGCAAUACUGCUUCCGGAAACAAUAUGUCUGCGGUACGAUCCAACAGUGAUACCAAUGGUGAUAGUGCGAAACAAAAGCAGCAGGAACGACAGCAACGAGCACGGUUGGCAACAGUUUCGGGCAGCGCAAUUGCGUGA